AUGUCUAUAGAGAAGUUCAUGCAACCGGUCAUACCAAGGUUUGAUGGCCAUUAUGACUUUUGGUCCUUGACGAUGGAGAACUUCUUACGAAAAAAAGAAUUGUGGCAGCUCAUAGAAGAGGGCAUACCAGUGCUUGAAGCCACAUCCACUGAGGAACAACGUAAGAGUGUGGCUGAGGCCAAUCUAAGGGAUCUAAAGGUAAAGAAUUACCUAUUCCAAGCUAUUGAUCGGGAGAUUUUGGAAACCAUAUUAGACAAAAGUACGUCGCAGGAAAUCUGGCAUUCAACGCAGAAGAAAUAUCAAGGCUCAAUGAGAGUGAAACGUGCUCAGCUUCCAGCACUACAACGUGAGUCUGAACUUUUAAGUAUGAAAGAAGGGGAGAAAGGGGAUGCAUACCUAGGACACACUCACAGUAUAGUUAACAAAAUGAAAUUAAACGGAGAGAAAGUGGAUUCUAGCACGGUAGUUAGCAAGAUACUCCAAUCGCUAACCGCAAAAUUCAACUACGUGGUGUGUUCCAUUGAGGAGUCUAACGACUUAAGCACUCUCAGUAUUGAUGAACUUCAUGGCAGUUUGCUUGUCCAUGAAUAA